AACAGAAAAAAAAAAGCAACUAGGAAAGGACGAUGACUUGCCCAUGCCCAUACAUCCAUCUAUCCAUUCAACCAUUCAUCAUGCACCUCAAGGGAGAAGGGGUGUGUGUGUGUGGCAUUGCUCAGCAGUCCCGGGAGGCACGGGAGAAAUUGGAUGAAGGGAGUUCAACCAGACGGAAGGCAAAGGAAUGGGGACGGACAGACAAGUUCAGUAAUCGACCUGAGGACCAGGCAAGAAUUGAAGUACAUACUCCCAUACCUACUCAGCGACUAAAUUGUUACGGACCCCGGACAAAAAUGGGAGGCAGAGAAGACGGAGAGGCGGGGACAUGGAUGGAAAUAUGGAUCGCUGCGUAUGAAAGCUUUUUACCUAAUUACCCUACUGUCUGCAGUUUGAAGAUGGAGUCAUACACGGUUGUAGGGGGACACUGGGACAAGUUUAGACUGUGGCAGUGGCCACACGGCCCAAUCUGGGACGCGACAAUUCUGGCACAGUCACCCUGGGUCGGCAGUAGGACUCCAUUAGCGAUGGCAAGGGUGCCGGUGGUCGGUAGGCAGAGGAUAGUUAAGGCUAUGCAAGUUAUGGAUCACGGGCUAAUUGGAUGGUUGUCAUGGGGAAAGAAGACUGGAGUCAUAGAGGUAAGCGUUUCUCUCUUUGAGAGUGCCUCCUUCUCCUCCAUCUCCUCCAGCUUCCAGGCUGAGGUAACUUUGUACCCCCAUUACCGCAUACAGACAGACACGCAGGCAGCCCAGCAGACUGAUGGUUGCAAAUGUCCGAAGCUGGUAGAGCUUCAAAUGAGGCUAAGGAAAUGGAAAACAUAAAUAAAAGGGAAAAAAAACUUUACUUAUCGGCAAUAUCUUCAUCUGGUUCUGAUCCACCUUUGGGAGGUAGCGAUGAGGGCAUUAAAGGGCCAAGACAAGUGAUGCGCGUAUGUAGCCAUGAUGUAGCCAUGUAAGGUAUUUUGUGUCUCUGACUGGGCUUGGUUCGAGGCCUCCGUAGUUGUAUGAGUAUGGG